UGAAGUUUCACCAACUAUUUGAAAAGUAAAGAGACUUCUCGUCUCUCUCUCUCUCUCUCAAACCUUCUAUUGCUCUUAUAGAACCCAAACUAUAUAUCUUCCUCUUUCUUUGUGUGUGUAAACAGUAAGUAAUGGAGAAAGCUCAAGAACACAAACAAAGCCAUUAUGAAAAACCCAAGUCCCAUGUAUGGGAUUGUGGUAGCACACUCUAUGACUCCUUUGAGCUCAACUCUUUCAAACGCCAGCUUGAUUCAGCUAUUGCUACAAGAACCUUUUCCAUGUCACGUAUACCUGAUCGUCAAGCACCUCCUCCUCCUCCACCACAAGCUUCCAAGUCCAAAAAGACCUCGAAGCUAUCCCGGUCACUUCACAAGUUUCUCAGGUCAGUGUUCAAGCCAAAACCAUCUCCCAGUUCUGUGGUUCGAGUUCAAGAUCAACCCAAGGAUGGAUUUUACUUCGUUUACGAUAAGUCCGGGGCACUUACCACCAUUCCUGAAGCUCCUGAGAUUGAUUUUAGUAAGCUUUCGCCGGAAAUCGGUUCCUUGGUAAGAAAGUCAGCCUCAGAGCGGUUUACAGCUACUCCUAUUGGUAUUUCAUGUGCUUAGCGCGCGUUUGGAUUAGCUUUUUUAUUUUAUUAGUUUAUGUAAAGUUCAUUAAAAACUUAUUUUUCUAGGUACAACGGUACUUACAAGAAUAUGCGUGAUAGAUAAAUUUAUGUAUAGUAUGAGAUUUCUUUUUAAAAUUAAUACUAUAAUGUUUAUGAUGUAGCGAAUAGGAUGUACUUUUUUUU